ACAUGCUGUCUACGUUCUUCUCUCCAUUCUCCUCUUCAUCGCCGUGAUAAAAUGCCAAGAUUGGCAACUGGAUCGGGGAGCGUCUAGAUAUUAAUCCGAGUAAUUAUUCUCGAACAAAUCGAUGGCAUAAAUGCGCUCGGCUAUCAGUGUUAUUCUGUCGAGUCCGGUGCCCGACAACAAGAUGUCUCAUCCUGAUUAUGAACAGACUGCCCAUGAUCACGCUGCUCUAUUACUGCUCCUAAAGCCGGUCGGCACACAGAUCAAACCGAAGACUGUCAGUAGAUUAUGCGAGCGAAUUGUCAAGGCUGGCAGUAGAUUUUCCGUAUCUGACUCUAGUGGCGGCACUCGGGAAAUACUCGCUCGAUUCAUCAGGGAACAUCCUGUGGAGAAUAAUGAUUGGGGAGAUUUUCAGACGCACAGGAGACUUUUAGGUCUGAUUACAUUUAGCAAAUAUGAUAAUCAGAUGGAACUGAACGAGUUGUGUAGAGUGCACGAAACCCUGAAGGUGAAGUAUAGCAGUACUUUAUAUGACUCACGUGCUAUUUUAUUCGGACCGCUUGAAUCAAACGGCCGUCACGAACCACCACCAGGCUACACUACUCCCAACAACUUUAAAACGCGAGCGGUAUUCUAUGCAGACGAAGCAUGUCCUGAUCUAGAGACUCAAACGGCCGAAUAUCUCAAUUUCUUGUUCUGGAUCCUGGAAUCGAAAAGAUUGGAGCGUUCUAGGGAAAAGAUAGAUCGUGUUUCCCUCUUGUUGGCUCCGUUUGAGAAAAAAGAUUUUAUUGGGCUAGAUCUCGAAUCCAGAAAUAAAAAAAGAUGCGUAGGUCGCAUGUCGAAGCAUUUAGGAGAUCUGUGUCUUCAAGCUGGACUUCCAGCUGAUGCUCUUAAUAAUUAUAAUUCUGCAGCUAAUAUUUUACAAGCUGUCAAUGAUUGGCUGUGGCUUGGAGCAGCAUAUGAAGGCCUCUGUGCUGCCUCAGUAUUGGUUCUUUAUCCUAACAUGUGUCAAAGUCUUCCAUUGCAAAGAAAUUCUUCCCUACAGGAAGGAAGUCCAAGUAAGCAAAGACGAGGAUCACAGGCUCUUAUAGUUUUGCCAUCUCCACCUAGUAUAGAGAUGAUAAAGGUUACAAUGCCACAUAUUUUAUUACCUGAAGAAAUAUCUAAAAAAUAUCGCGAAGCUAUAGUACAUUAUAGUAAAUACCAAUAUGCAGGAAUAAUUGAAACUGAAGCUAGUUUUAAAGCUACAAGAAUCUCAAUAGAGCAGAACUGUACCUUACAAGCUGCAUCAUAUUUAAAUAAUGUUAUAUUGAUUAAUUUAUCUCUCAGUGAGCAAGAAAAAAUUGAUCGAUUUACUACGUUAUCAGAUUUAUACACAAGCUUUGGUUUUGAUAGAAAAGCAUCAUUUUGUUUACGAUUAGCCGCCACGCGUCACGUAUCGCAACAUAAUCCUAAUCCAGAUUGGCAACAAUGUUAUAAUUUGAUGUUGCAAGCUACGUCUGGAUUUAAAUUAUCCUUGGAUCCUGUUGACAUGCCACCAGAUGGACAAAAAGGAUGGCCAGCUAUACAGAUCCAAGUAAUAAAUGAACUUGUUGCUGCUGCAAAUCGAAUGGGUAAUCCAGCGCUUGCUACUAGACAUCUGACAUUUUUGCUUCAAACAAUGUAUAAUCAUCUGACGUUUGCCGAACGGAAAGAUAUUGCAUUACAAUUGCAAAAUGUAUCUCAACAGUGUGAGGGCGCACCAGUUCCUCUUGUUUUAGAUUCUGGUACUGUCAUACCACCAGCUAACUUACUAAAUAUACCAAGAACAAAAUCGUUUACUUUGAAAAAUAUGCAGCCUCACUUACAACCUCAAAAAAUAGAAAGAAUAAAAGAAGAUCAUGGUCCAUUUUUAUUUACACCAAUUAACUUCGGAUCAUUAGAGCGCAAAAGUAUUUCGAAAAGUAAAGUUGAUUAUUUAUGGGUGGAAGGGGAUAUCUGCGAAGUAUCAAUGCAACUCAUAAAUCCUUUACCGAUUGAAUUGCAUGUAUCUAAUAUGAGACUCUUGACAAAUGGCGUAGUAUUUGAGUCAAUACCAGAAAGUAUUAGCCUACCUGCCGAAUCUGGGCCGAUUACGGUUACAUUAGCAGGCAGACCCAAGGAAGUUGGAGAUUUAGAAAUACUCGGAUUCAGCACGCAUACAUUAGGAGUUAAAUCUAACUGUAGAUUGAGGUAUAUGGAGGGUAUGUUAUAUCCACAAUAUACGGUUGAAGUCAUUCCAGCCUUACCAAGAAUUGACGUCGCGACGAGUUUGCCUCAAACUGCCAGUUUCAGUUCUGGCGAUAAUAUAGUUACCAGCGCGAGUAUAUCGCUCUACGGUGGUGAGAGUACUGAGUGUACUGUGACAAUAACGAAUGUCGGACAAGUUCCUGUCGAAAUGAUCGAAUUAUCAGUACAAUCUACUCUGAAUGCUGUAACUGAAAAUAAAAUUUUUAAAUGGAGUGAUACGAAUCUGAUGACACAAUUGCCUUUACAGUCUGGUAGUAGUGCAAGUCUUACUUUAUAUCUGUAUGCAGCAACAGAUUUUGUGGCACCUUUGAUUAGGAAUGAUAUUACUAGCAGUACCUGCCUUAGUCAACCAAGUAGUUUCAUCUCACAUUCAGGCCACAGUUCUCUCCCAUCUAGACUUAGUUCUCCAUCUCAUCAUACAAAAAGACAAUCCGAAUUGACUUCUUCCUUCAGAUCAGGAAUAAGUUCGCACUCUGGUCAUUCUUCCUUAGCGAGUACACGUUUAUCGAAACUCGCAGUACCUUUACAUACGUCUAAUAUUAUUGAAGGUCAGUUAAAAAUAAAAUACUCAGGAGGUGCUGGCUUAAUAACUGGUUACUGCAGAAUUUCAUCUGUUUUUAUAACUAUUGAGAUGUUACCUAGUGUGCAGAUUACUAAUUGGGAUGUGUUACCAGCCGAAACACCAUUGCAAUUUUAUCUCGUGUUGGAUGUAACAAAUGUGACGAAUCAUGAAAUGGAAUUACACUAUACGCAAAAUAAAUGUAUAUACAUGGAAGGUAAAGAAUCAUGUAGAAUUCCCGUUCCAGUUGAUCGAUGUCCGCUUAAUAAAUUAUCGAAGUUAAAUGGUACCGAUACAGACGAACUUCAAAAAAUAUGCGCUGAACAUAUAGCUUCAUUGGUCGAUCUACGCUGGCAAUUAUUAGGUACGGAAUCAACAGGAAAAGCAACUUUAUCUGGUAUUACUCUAACUCAGAAUAUGUUAGAUCUAGUCAGAAUGAGUCCUUUACAAUGGGAAAUAACUAUCAAUGAUGUUAUCAUAAAAGCACAAGAAGAAUUGUCAUGUGCUUUGGGCGAAUGUAUCAAUGUUGGUGUAGGAGUAUGCAAUGCUCUAGAACAUCAAUUGAAUGAUCUUACAUUGUCUAUUAAUUUUUAUCAAGAUCAUCAUAAUGGAGUUAAUAAUUAUCAAUUAGAAACAAGGUUAUCUAUAGCUGGAGCGAAUAAAGUCAUGUUGCCUACUUUGCAGGAGUACGGCAGAGCUUAUCAUGAAUGUCGUGUAGUUUUUUUCACAGCUGGCCAGUAUAAAAUAGAUAUUCAAUGCAGUAAUAAAGAAUCUGCUCCAAAUUCUCCAAUACUUCAUUCGGAGCUUGUGAAUGCCGGACAUACGUGGCGUUAUAUACCGCCUAUUGAGAUAACUGUUGAUGAUUAUUGAUAUAAGUUAUUAUCUACAAUAUCAGUUAAACUAUAGUAUUUGUAAAAAAAAA